AUGCAGGUCCCUCUCCUUCGUCUCCAAUGCGGCUGCAAUAGCUACGACUGGGGCAAGAAAGGAAAGGACUCGGCUGCAGCAAGAUAUGCUGCAGCAACCCCCUCGGACAACUUCACUAUCCAAGAGGACAAACCAUACGCUGAGCUAUGGAUGGGCACCCAUCCCUCCCUGCCAUCCAAAGAUCUCACCACAGGCCGCAGUUUGCUUGAUCUGGUUUCUGACAACCAGGCCCUCAUGGGAACCGACAUCACCGCCAAAUACAACAAGAAACUUCCCUUCCUUUUCAAAGUUCUAUCCAUCAACAAGGCACUCUCGAUCCAAGCACACCCAAACAAGAAGCUGGCCGAGAAGCUGCACGCCAAAGACCCCAAGAACUAUCCGGACGACAAUCACAAGCCUGAAAUGACACUAGCCAUCACUCCAUUCGAAGGGCUAUGUGGAUUUCGGCCAUUGAAGGAGAUUGCUCACUUCUUAGCCACCAUUCCUCCCCUUCGCGAACUGGUUGGCGAGACCGAGGCCAAAGGCCUCGAAGAAAUUGCCAGUUCCUCUUCUUCAACACCUGAAGAAGCAAAGGCCCGCCUCAAGGCCGCCUUUAGCUCGCUCAUGAAGACUCCCCGCGACAAGGUAGCUGCCAAGUCCAAAGAGCUCGUCCAACUCGCCCAAUCCGGCUCCAUCACUCCCGGGCCCAGCGUCAACACCUCCGAAGAGCUGUGCGAACUCGUCCAACGCUGCGACCGCCAAUUCCCCGAGGACAUUGGCCUGUUCGUGCUGUUUUUCCUGAACUACGUCAAACUCUCGCCUGGGCAGGCUAUGUACCUGAAGGCAGAUGACAUCCACGCGUACAUCUCGGGCGACAUCAUCGAAUGCAUGGCGAGCAGCGACAAUGUCAUCCGCGCCGGCUUCACUCCGAAGUUCCAAGACGUCGACACCUUGACUGACAUUUUGACCUACGACCACGACCCGCCUGAGCAGCAACUGCUUCAGCCCGUCCCCUACCCAUACGCCACGCUGAACGGCACGGCAUACAGCUCGGGCAGCGAGUCGCUACUCUAUGACCCGCCGAUUGAGGAGUUCAGUGUCGUCCGCACCGAGCUCAAGAAGCCUGGCGCCAAGGCCACUUUUGAAGGCCUCGCGGGCCCAAGCAUCGUCAUCUGCACCUCUGGCGAGGGCAAGGUCAGCGUGGGUCCCAAGACCGAGGACAUCAAGGAAGGCUGGGUGUACUUUGUCGGCGCGACAGCCGAGCUGGUCAUUGAGAGCAGCAGCGACGAUAUGGUCACGUUCCGUGCGUUCUGCGAGAUCAACGAUGGUGCAAAGGAGAAUGGUGUUCAUCAUUGA